CAGCCUGCCAGAGACAUGAGAUGAUCUUUUGGGCGAAGGACAUUUGACUUUCAGAUAGAGAAAAUUCUUGUUAGGAGGAUAUACAUACUGGAGGCUGGGAGGCGGCUGAAAUAGGACUGGGUAUGUUCUUGAACACGACUUUUCCCCGGAGGUCGUUUAGCAUCCCCAUUAAUAUCAACCUGUAUGGUGCUUGCAGGCGGCAGACACGACACAGGGAGAGCCACCAGACAUCUGUGAUGCAGGAGGAGAGGAGCCAAAGAGGCAAUGGAAUUUGUGCAGAGGGAGCCCGGAGUCUGAUGCCUACGUCUAGUGUUGGGGAAGACCGAGCCAUCUUGUUGGGCUUCACCAUGAUGGCUUUCUCUGUGCUCAUGUUGUUUGUGGUCGGCAUUACCACAGUCAAACCUUACAUUGGCAGUUGCUGGGAGGAGGCUAGCUGUGUCCUGCCUCAGACUGAUAUCCUGGAGGAGUGGGUGGACUGCAGAGGGGUUAGCAUGGUGCCCUGCCUUAUAGUGACAGUCAGCGUCACCAGCUCCAAUCAGUCGGCGUUUCUCCACUUUGAUGAGGAUUCUGUCUUUCUUCCAAAAGAGUGUUUUUACCUUCCCAAAUGUCAAAUGGACAGAAAGGUGCUUCAAGAUGAAGUGCAAAAGGUAAAGAAGUGGGUGGACAGUCAGCUGAAGAACAGCUCCUUGUGCUUCAGUGACAAAAAGGGCCACUCCAACCAUGUCAUCUUGAACAGGAAGUACACCCUGAGGAGGGUGCUGUCUGGACUGCUGUGGCCCUGUCUGAUGCUGGGUGGUGGAUGUCUACUGGUGGGACUUGUGAAGCUGACACAGUGCCUAGCCCGCCUGUCCACUGACGUGAUCGUUUAUUCAGCAGGAGGAAGGCGGACUUCGAGAUAUACUCAGGGAAAAAACUAUAGACUCCUCUAGAGGUCAAGCAGGCAAUCUCCUACAUGACUUAAUCAAUUCUGCAAUAUGGGACAAACAACAAUUGGAUUUGGGGAAGUGAGACAUUUUAGGGUCUCCGUGAUAAGAAAAAAGCUCAAGAAAG